AUGCCUCUUUCGAGUAAGCCGGAGGGUUGCAGUGGUGGUGGGGCGAGAUGGAACAGGCGGGGUACUGCCAUUCCUCUUGGCGCCGACGCCCUGAGUGCAUCCUCCCAGCAUCUUCAGACGUCUUCCAACGUCCCCAGCCGCCUCCGAUGUUUCUCCCGCCAUGACGUUGCGUCGCACUCGUCGCGCCAUUUUGACGCGAAAAACUCCAUAUCUUUCUGUCGGCCUUUGAGCUCAGUAGGACAGAUCAGGCUCGACCAAGUCAAGAUGGUCCUAGAUCGACAGGCUUGGUGUACUGCAGUAUGCGCAGUCUUAAGGCACGGCGCGUGGAGUGUGACUCAAAUUAUUGCGCUGUUGCUCGGAGCCGCUCCCGCUAUCCGCCAUGAUGGGUCAGCUUUCUCGUUACCCUGUCGACGACCGCGAGCGCGCCCACGAGCUGCUGAAUCUAGGAGCCAAACCCGAAGCAGCGUCACACUGUUCUUACUUUGUCACUCCAGCCAGGACCAUGCUGCCCAAUAG